GCCGUCUUGGACGAAUCACCGACGCGGGCCCACCACUACGACACCGCCAGCUUCCGAUUUUCACAAAUUCAGUCGUAUACUAACUGUUGCGGGAAGUAGUUGUACCCGAUACUCUACUAUUACACAGAAAUCGUGUGGCAAACGUGUUUUCGGGGGAUGUGACACUUUAUUCCGUGUAUUUGUUUUUGUUUUUUUUUAUUAUGUUCCUAGUGGUUGGAUUCUGUUGUUAGUUUUUGCUCUUGAUUGUACUUUUGUGACAGUAAAUGAUCGAAAAUUGGUCUAGCAAGUUUUACCUUCUUAAUAUAUUUAUGAGAUAUCCAUUUGAUAAACACGUGAAACUAAACAGUACUUAAUCAGCACAUCCUCGUCAAGUGAUAGCACUCCCAGAACUUACCAGAGUAUGAGCUUAGGCGCAAAGGUCCCAUCUGGCAGUUCGUAGGUCCCGCGGCCCUUUUGCCGCCUCGCGUAAAUGACUAUGGCCGAGAGUACAGUCGACUCUUCCACUACCCACGACAAAGUUAACAAUAAUCAUCCACUGGUAAUCAAUCAUAAUCAUCGUAUUGCUGGCAAGCUCAAGAAAAGGAAGAGACUGAGCCAAGUUCUGGAUAAGCUUACUGGAGGAGGUUCAUCACCCUACGAGAGCGAACCUUCACCAGAGAAUCCUGCAGUGAUCAACAACAACAACAUUAUAGAGGCCUACAACCAUAACAACAAAGGUGAUAUCACAAUCGAUAUGGGAAUGCACGAAAAACAAUACCGGCCUGAGGUAUUUAGAUUUGAUAUUCCCGAUAGGGAACGGUAUAAGACGAUAAGCGAAGACGAAGAUGUUUUCAGUCCUGCGAGUUCAAGUAAUAAGUCUCCUCAUAGCUCAACCGAUUCUCCUCAGAUACCAUUUAGUCCGCUGAGAAUUAAAGACGAUACGAGUCCGAGUCCACCUUUGCUUCAACGGACAACCUGUCCAUGUUAUCAAUGUGUUACGGGAGUCGUUAUAGGCCACCAUCCAUCGCCUCUUCAUCCCUAUGAUAGAUUUUUUCCCGCAUCACCCAUUUCACCCUUGACACCAUCGUCACCAGCGCCUACAUAUAGCUUUGAGCGAUAUUUACAUUCAAAGUACCUGCCUGAUAUUUUUCGUAAAAGAAGCCAUUCGGAUUCUGACUUGCCUCUAUGGUUUGAAGCUGCUAAAGCUGAUAGGGCUAGAGCCCCUCCUUCUUGGCCACAUCCACUUACUUUAUCUACUGGAUGCGGUAAGGGUUCUGUAGAUUCAAAUACAUGGUCCCCGCAAGAAUCUCCGCUAGAUCUGUCAAUGAAAUCAUCCAGAAGUCGAGAACGGUUGGAAUCUUUGGCUCCGCCACCAUUACAACUACUCGCCCCUGGAUUCCUACCUCCACGUGGUCCUGUUUCGGUACCUGUUGUAAAAGGGGACGUAGCUUCUCCAACUACAAAAGAAUCUGUAGCAUCCAGAUACAAUUUAGAAGUUUCUCCGGUUGUAGAAGAAAUGCCGCCAGGUUCAGAUGUAGCAUAUGUCUGCCCAGUUUGUGGUCAGAUGUUCAGUUUGCAUGAUCGUCUGGCCAAACAUAUGGCUUCAAGGCACAAGAGCAGACAAAGUAACGGCGAAACGGCGGCCAAAGCUUACUUGUGUGAAGUGUGUAAAAGAUCAUUCGCUCGCAGUGAUAUGCUUACACGACAUAUGAGACUGCAUACUGGAGUGAAGCCUUACACGUGCCGUGUUUGUGGUCAAGUGUUUUCUAGGUCAGAUCAUUUAUCCACCCAUCAAAGGACUCACACUGGCGAGAAACCGUAUAAAUGUCCACAGUGCCCCUACGCUGCCUGCAGAAGAGAUAUGAUUACAAGGCACAUGAGGACACAUACUCGUUUCGAGCCAGAUCCUGUUGCUACUCAAAUCAAGGCUGAACAUAUUAAGGCUGAAAAUCAUUGAGAUCUGUACAAAACGCACUUGAAGAAAUAAACGUGAUGUUCAAAGAGCAAAGGCUGUUCGUACUUAACGAUAUCACACUGACGACAUACGCUUAUUUACAAAAUACAUAAAUCUAAGGAAUAUUAUUCAUUUUAGAAAUUCAUUGCAGAAAUUAUAAGAAAAAUUGCUGUUAAUGAGUCGUACUUUGACAAAAAAUGUAAAUAUCUCAUUUAGUCCCGUCAAUAAUUAAUUCACUUUUGCAGUUACUAUAUAAAAAAAAGGGAUAAUUCAAAGUACCGAUUUCAAAAGUGUUUUUUUUUCAGAAAAGUUUAGCCAUUAUUUAUGCAGCUUAUGUCUUCGAAUGUUCAAUUAUUUCUUCUAGUGUAAAUAUCCAGUAAAUUAUUUCUUGUGUUAUUUUGUUAGUUAAAAAUAAGACGUGGUGACUAAAAAUACUUGAGGGGCCAAAACUUGAUAAAAAAUGCGAUGAGUAAGUUUUUAAUUAGGGAUUUAAAUUAAACAAAUUUUCAUCUAGUCCUAGGUAUGUAUUGGUUUUCAAAAGAGUAUUUUUAGUUUCACUGAUAAGCAAGACUUUUGAUCAAAAUACAAAACGUGACCAGGCCUACAUGCCAUUAUUUUUACGACCCUUCAAUUUUCAAUGGAAUUUUGAAAUGGGUUUGUUAAAUAUUCUGGUAUAAAUGUUAAAAUGAUAAAGCACAAAUUAAUAUAGUAAGAUAUCUACUUAGGUGUUUUUUUAAUUAUUCAUAUUCAUAUUUUUCAAAGAACUUAUGUUUCAUAUUUUAUUAAUUCCACCUUUUUAAAGUUUUCUUGUUAACAAAUUCCUAAUUUAGAUACUUUGAUGUUAAGUCGAUAGCAAUGUUCUCAUUAAAUGAAUUUAUACUUUUUAUUUUUUUAUGAUUUUGUUUAGAGUGAACCUUCCUUCAAGUUUUUGCUGUUACAAUUAGUACGUAAUUCAUAUAAUAUAAUGGCAUUUGGAAUAAAUAUGCAUAUUUAACAAAAAUAAUAAUAGCUACUUAAAGUAAUAUAUGGGAAAAUGCAAAACAUGUUAAUACAUUCGUGGGAACAAAUAAAACUUCUAAUAGAUUUGACAGAUUUUGAAUUGUUUUGCAUUUUUAAUAGAUGUAGGUGUCAACUCUUAAAUUUAACAUGGUUCUCACGUGUUUUGUAUUUUGAUACGAUUCUUGCACCUUUUGCCAUUUUUGCCUUUUUUAAAAGAUCUCACACCAUUCCAUAUGUACACAAAAUUGCCAGGCCAGUGUUUACAAACGAAUAAACAAUUGAAUUACAAGGUAUUUCAAAAAGAGGUUUUUUAUAUAAAACUAAAUAAACGUUUAUGAAAGCAAAUAAAUGACUAAUCUAAAUAGUUCGUCUGUUCUUAAAACAUAUUUUGUACGUAAAACGUGUACCUGUAUUUGAGUUUAGGUAUUAUUUAUGUUACUUAAUGUAACUACUCUUAAAUAUGAAAUAUUUUCUAGAUUUUUCCCUCUUCCGACUUUUCAUCCAUAAUUUGUUUUCCUCUUUUCGUCAAUAAUUCUUCUAGUUAAAUAUUCGUAGCUAAGAAAAACUUUUUAAAUACUUUUCUUAUAGUAUAAACGGCUUAAAAUUUUGGACAAAAGCGUACCUGUAGUCUAUUGCAUGUUAUAUUUUGAUCGACAAUAAUUGAACAUAUAUAUAAAACUUUGUACUAAUAUAUCUAUGUAGCUAAUAACUAAUCGUAUUCAUUUUACUACUUUCACGUUUCGAUCCAGUUUUAAUCUAUUUGCCUCUAUAUACUAUGGAACUUUUUUAAAAACUAUAUAAAUAUUUUGAACAUUGAAAUAAAGGUCUCUCUCUCUCUCUCUCUCUCUCUCUCUCUCUCUCUCUCUCUCUCUCUCUCUCUCUCUCUCUUCCAUCCUGACCCCCCCCCAGAGGGAGUGGAGUGGUCGACAUAAUGUGUAUCUGGAGAGUCGUUGGCUAACUUUUAGCUCCCUGGAAAUUGAAUUAUUUGUCCUACGGCCGGUCCAAGGAAUUCGUAACGUUCGUCUCCAACAGAACAUUUCAGUGGCGUCUAUCUUUCUUCUUUUCGAUUGUCUCAGGAUCCAAGAUUCACAUGCCGUACUGGGAAUAUUAAAUAGUUGAUCAAUCUCAUCUUGAAUGUUCUUGAAAUUUGACAGUCCUUCCAUAUUUUUGUCAUUUUUGCUGUGACCACUUUUGCUAGGUUUCUUCUACAUUUAAUCUCUUCCUGUAAUGACCCUGUGUUUGUGAUAAAUGAUCCCAGAUAUAAGUAUGAGCUCACAACCUCAAACCGAUCAAUUGUGAUUACGUGUCGAAUAAUUGUUAUGUAGUCUAUCCACUAUCAUGAUCUUUGUCUUUGAUAAUAUGUUUAAUUGCAGCCAAAUAUUUGACUGUCAUUUUCGACCAGUCGUAUAAGAUCAAUCAGAUCUGCUUGCCUAUUUGCAAGAAAGGCUGUGUAAACGUAGACUGUUUGUUUUAUGACCAUUUGUCCUUCAAGUGCUCUUCUCAUAAUAUGCUCCCCAUAGAUUGAAUAGUUGUAGACAUAACAUACAUCCUUGUCUGACACCCCGUUCUGAAUGAAAUUCAUUUGAAUGUAUGGAAAGCACGUUAAGCCACUAGUAGACUGUUUUUUAAUAUUUAUAAAUCCCGAUUAUCCUCUGAGCAUUAAAAACGUUCAACAAUUCCCGAAAGGAGCUGUAUCCCUUUAAUAAACUUGAAUGAAACCUAAAACGGGCACCACACUCUCGGCGAAGUUACUUCGCCAAAGUUGACCGAAGUCCGAAGUGCCUCUCUACACACUCGUUCUACUUCGCGAGGAACACAUUCAAGCGGUGCGAUACCGACAAAGAUCCCUUUGACUCGGACGCACCAGACCGACAGAUUUUGGAAGUAGAACGAAGUUAGACAAAGGUACACAAGGUGGCCUUCUACACUCUCGUACUUGCUGAACCUCGAUCGACUUCGGCGAGAGUGUGAACGGCGUUUUAGACGCGGCUAUGAUAUCUCGUUCCGCUACUGUUUUUUUUUCUAUUUAGCCUAUCGUGAAUUGUGAAGAAUUUUCCUUUAAUAUGGUCUAUCAAAUUAUAAAUCCGAGGUAUUUAUCUUACUCAUGUGUUGCGUUUUUUACUGUUAUGUUGCAGGAAAAUAUAUUAUUGAUUAUUUAUUAUACAACUCCGCAUACGAAAAUAUAGACACUGCCGUUGUUUUAUUAUUUUUUUCUUGAUAUCUAGUAAUUAUUCCUUAUUAGUAAGUAGUUAAGUCGCAGAAAUACCUAAUAUUUCCUGCUACUAAAUUAUUUCAAAUAUGUUUAGGCAUGUAUUUCUGCAAAUGAUUAAGGUUACUGCUUUUAUUCCAAGGAGGAAGAUUAACAAUGAAGGGAGAUAGGGUUUUUGCAUUAUUCUAUUUGCCCUAAUUAAUGAUUGAUUCUAGUUCAAAACACAUUUUUGAAAUAACUUGUAUAAUCGAUAACGAUAAGUAGAGUGCCAAAUAAGUGGCCAGUGGCAAUACAUAUGCCCGAAAUAUCACUCGUUUUUUAUACACUUUUAUAAGAAGAGUCUUAUCAUUCGAAAUAAAACAAAAUUAUUUAUCGAAGAUUCAAAUUUCUAACCGAAUUUCUAAUAUUAAUUUUUAUUAAUAUAAGAAAUUCGAGAAAUCUCGAAUAUGUAAUUAACUGUUUUGGAAAUGCUUAUUUACGCCAUGCUCAGCGUGUACAGAGUGGACCAUUAUUGUUGGAAUAGAUAUAACCAAAUAAUAAAUUCAAUAAAAAUUAAUAACGAAUCAAAAUGUAUUGUAGCUGAAAAUCUUGAAAAGAAGUUGCGGUAAAUCGAAAUUGUUUUUUCCUAACUCCGCUAUAGCUUUUACAAUUAAACUCGAAAGAUUGUCCCUUUUAACUGAAGUAUUGGACGAGAUAGUAAGUAAUAGAAUUUUGUUUAUGAUACAAUAUACAAACAUUAUACAGAGUGUUCCAACGAAAGUUUGACCCCCCUCCCAGUAACUCAGAAACCAUGAGUUUCUUCAGAAUUAAAAAAAAAUGUAAAUUUGUAUCGAAAGGGGGACGAAUUUCUUGCAAAGGGAGACGAAUCAUCCACCCUAAUUUUUUUUAAUAGCAGGUAUAGUCGAGUGGCACAUCAUUUAAAAAGUAUUUUUUUUAUCUACAGGACCCUCCAUUUUUUUUAAUUUGCUGAAUAAUUUUAAAGAGAAUUUUGGAUUUAACUAAUUUAUAAUAAAUUUGUUAAGUCCAAAAUUAUCUUUAAACCUAUUACGUAUAUUACAAAAAAAUAGAGCGUCGUUUAGAGAAAAAAUUACCUUUUAAAUGAUGUGCCACUCGUCCACACUUGCUAUUUAAAAAAAGUGGUGGUCGAUGCGGGGCGGUAGGGGUUAUAUUUGAGGGCAUGAAUUUUGCAAGAAAAUUCGUUCCCCUCCCAUUAAAAAUUAACGUGUUUUUUUAAAUUUUUAAGAAGCUCUUGGUUUCCGGGUUUCUGGGGGGUCAAAUUUUCAUUGGAACAGGCUGUAUAUAAAUCUUACUUUUUUAGUGUUAACAGAAAAAUAUUAAAAAUUAUCUCUGAAAAAGAGGAAAAAUUUACAAAUUAGAUUAUAUUCAGGAUUGUUAAUAAAAUAGAGAAUAAAUCACAAGCUCUAAAUUUAAUAUCUUCCCUUUUUAAAUGCCCAAUAUUUUUGUGUAAGGAAUUUUUUAUGCCUUAUUACUAAAGGACCAUCCUGUAGAAAAUUUCUUAAUAUGUGACAAAAUAAAUUCUCGAGAAGCUAAUAAAUUAUUUUUUUUUUGUACUUAUGUUGAGAGCAUGAUUGAUUAAAAAUUAUGUUCAACUCACGAUAAUUUUUCAACUGUAAAGUCAAAUAGUAAUCAGCAUAAUUUAGUAAUAAUUUAAUACAACUUGUUAGAAUUAAAAUAUUCUGUAUUUUAUCAAGAGAUGUGACAGCGUUAUUUUUUGCGUCAAUAGAUAGGUAGUUUUGGUUAGCUGUAAUUUGUUUUUUGGAUAAUAAAUUUGCUAAGAAUCAGUAAAAUAAAGUUAUUAGUGUUUGUUUAGUUGGUAAACUAAACAAACUUACUACGGGGUAAAAUACCACCAUCGUGCCAUUCUAGAAUCAUUUGGUCGUUUCUUAUUUAUGCUUAUACAGUAUAUCUUGUUUUACUAUUUUUUUCUGUUUGAACAUUUUGGACAUCAUUUUGUGUGCACAUUUUAGUCAUAGUGUACAAGACUUUCAACAAACCAGAUUAGUAGGCGACUAAUAUAUUGCAAAAGCUGAAACUCUUUUUUAUUGUACCGAGUUAGUGAGAUAAUAUAACAUUAAUAUUGUUUUAGCGUUUUUCGAAAACUUUCAAUAUAUUUACCGUCAGAGAGUCUAUUAUAUUUGCACUAUUAUCUGCUCGAUAUCGACUUGUUUUUUUAACAAUGAUAUUACUUAACAGCUAACAAAAAAUAUCUCUUUAAGAGUGCACAAAGUUUUCCCCGUAUGUUACAGAAGAACUCUGGGACGCGAAAAUUUGGAAGACGUGAUCAUCCGAGAUUUGCUAGAUGGUUUGCUCCCUUCAAUACCCUGGUAGCCUGGUAUGCCUAUGACAUAAAUUAUAUUCUUCUUGUCUAAACUUCUCUAUUCACAGUCCAAGUCGGAUUUACGCCAAAGUGUACUAGACUUUAGGCAUAUAUUUUUAUAUUUUUUUUACUGAAUUUUUUUCAAUUCAUAUUCAUGAAUAUUUUUAUUGCCCUAUCCAAUAAAAGUCUUGUUUUAGGGUUUUUUAUUAAAAAAAAAUGAUUUCACCAAUUUAAUUAUUUCCACUAUUAGUACGAUGUUUUUAAAAUUAUUUUUUAAUGAUUCCAAUUUCCAAUCGCGUAGUAAGAUUUUUCAUCACGUGUUUAAUUAUGUCCAAUCAGAUUAUUCUUAUACUGGGAAUAAAUUUUAAGUACUUUAUUUCUGUUUAAUUACAACGAAUUUCCUAGUUUUGACAACUGUCACAUUUAAGAAAAUGAACCAUAAUAAACUUUUAGUUCUGCAUCUAAUGCCAAUCUGUCACGAAGACAAUACAAAAAUGGCAAUUUUAUGCGCUCGAGUGGAUUUCGGUAAGAUUAUUUUAUGAAUAAAACUGUAUUUAUAAAUAAUUUUAGCUAAUAUUUUAUUGAUAUCUUCGUCUAAAUAUUUGCUAAACAGUGCUGUUUACUUUGACAAGUUGAAAAACAAUAAUUGUGAUAAAUGACACUGAAUGUGUAUUUACAAAAUCUUUAAUUUUGUCUGUAAAUAUUAAAAAAUAAUCUCUCGAAUAUUACACGAUAGCAAGAAUAAAUAAGAAAAUAAUGCUCCAAUUGGUUUCUCAAACUUGAUACCAUUUGGCAAUAGUCACUCGAGCUCUAACAAGUUUUCAAAAAAAUGUCGCAUUAUUUUCAGUUUAUUCACAUUCUCUUGUGGUAUUAAUGUUGAAAACUUCUGUUCAGCAAUUUAAAAGUAAGAAUAUUUCCCACUUUUAAAAUACAUUGAAUUCGGCGCUGUGUUGUUACUAGGAAAGCUAAUAAGUAUUGAUAGUUGUUGAUAUAAAAAAAAUAUAUCGACAGAUUUGCAAGGGGACAAAACAUGCAGAAAAUCAUGACAAAAUUAUCUUCCAUAAACAAGUUAAGUAGCUAUUCUUUUAUGGUGCAUUUGUUCGAAAAGCCAUGACAUUUUUAUGCUAGACUAAACUUCAUUUAUUGUCAGAGCUAGAUUACUUUAUAAAUGUGUUUAUGGUAGGGGAGCCCCAGUGGGGAUUUUUGCAGUUACUCGAGCACGUCAGAUUAUUACAUGGGGAGAAACCUUGUACCCUGAAAAUGUACCUCUAUCACAUAUGGGCUCUUAAUGCAGGGGAGUUCGUUAAGGGGGGCUGAAAUAAAAAUCGAUCCUUAGAAAAACUCGAAAUCGUCAGACUAAUACAAGGUAAGUUAAGUAUAUGCAAAACAGUGUAUAUUUAAAAAAUCUGACGAUUUGAGCGGGGCGUAAGGAAAAAUGUGUACUUCAUUUAUUGAAUAACCAAAUAUAAGACUAUUCAAAUAAAACCUAGUAUUAUUUAUUGUAUGACAUGGCUAAGAAUUAUUGUGUUCAGUUCAGCCUAGAUUGAAUAAAGGCGAGAUCAUCAGUCUCCAUUCGUUGUCGCUUUUCAGUCUAAGUCGCCUUGAUGUUCUUGAAUAUGUUGCAAUAAUUACGAAAUUCAUACCUAAUAAUACAUUUUUUGCAUGGUCUUAAAAGGGAAUUUAAAUAAUCUUCAAUUACUUUAUGUAACACUAAAAAUUUCGAAUGAUAAGAACGAAUAACUGAGUGUGAUGAUAAGGAGCUUAAAUUUGAGUCACUAUUAGUGACAACUUGUUAUAGAGGUAUGUUCAAAUGACAUGAAGAUAACAGACUAUAAAGACAAGAAACAAUUGGAUGAUUGUGAUGAGUCUGUCAAAAACUUGAUAGGUUCAGAUGUCCACCAUAUAUAUUUACAAAAAGAAAUCAGCAUUUUUUUGAUCUACAAAAUUAUUUUAAAAAUGUUUGUAUACCCAAAAAACAAUAAAUUGAUUGCUUAUCUUAAGAUCUUUAAAUAUUUACGAGUUUUUUGUUGAUCUUCUACAUUGAUCCUGUUUUAUUAAAUCAUACCGAUGAUUCCACACAUUGGGAUUGUAGUGUUUUUUAUUUCAACUGCUUUGUUUGAUAAUGCGUGGUUAUAAAAAAUUGUCUUCAUAGUUAAUAUAGAGUAGAUGUUAUUAUUUUAUUAGAUGUAAAAGUUCAGCAAGCAAAUUUAUUUUUGAUAUAUUUUUUGAAAAUUAAUACUUUUAUGACUGUGUCAUUUGUGUGUCAUAAUGAUUUGUUACAAAACUUUUUGAUACAUCCGUUAAAUCUAAUAGAGAAAAAGAUUGCUAAAGUUGUUAGAGAUUUAACUGAAACUAAAAAUUUUGAUCGUCAAACAGCAUGGAUAUCUUCCUUAAAUUUGUUUAUAGAAAGUUUGAUUCCAUGUUCCGGAACUGUUUGUUGCUGCCGUUUCCUCUGCAACAGAGUCGUGAUGAAGACGGUUCGAGAGUUAACGUAAAUGACAUUGCAGUGGUUUGUAUAAGACAUGAGUUAGUGUCAGCACAACGGACUUCACUGGAUCUUCAGAUUUUACAAAAUACUGCUGGAACCUCAAAGUAAAGUUCAAUGAGCUUGGUUAGUGCUAAUUUUAUCAUUAGUUAACUAAACAAGCCAUACAAUUAGAGAAAACAAGUCAAUAUGUUGAUUCAGUUAUGUGGAUAAUACUUUUGGUAAUUUGAAGCCGCGAGGAGCGUGGAUUUACAUUUUUUUUAUUUAAUAAAUUUAUGAAACCCUAAGAUCAUGUACCCCCUGUAAAUCGAGAACAACAAACCGAUUGAGUUUUUAAAUGUUUUAAUUGCCAAAACAGACUUAAAAUCAGAUUUUCAAUGAAUACAGAAUAUACCGAAAAUCAACUCAUACGUACCGUUUUUGAAACAACAAUUAAAUCACCAUCCUAAACAAAAGAGUUCUGCCAAAAAACUUAAACGUACCUUGUUAACCCAAUAUGUCAAACUAAAUAUUGAGAUAGAAAAUCAAACUAUCUCAAAAAACGAUGGGGAACAACGGUUCUGCUUCAAGAGACUUUAAAAGCUAUAAACAUCAGAAUAGAAUCAACAGAAAUAUCAACCAACUAUAACCAAAUGGUAAAGUUUUAUUAUCGUAUAUUGAAAAGAUUUCAGAUUAAAUGGGUAGAACCUCAGCAAAACAUGAUGUCAAGUUUCUCUGUAAAACAACGAAGACGAUUCAAAAAAAUCUAAGAUCGGCCAAAAAUCUAUGAAAAACUUUGGCCACUCCAAGAAUUCACGGCAUUCCCUGCGUAUGUGCUUCCGUGCAUUUAUUACUGCUUAGGACCAACCAACAUACCCCUGGAGGUAUAUCUAUCUAUAUAAUCAGCCCUAAACCUCCAUGUUUGGAUAUAGGCCGUCUCUUUCUUCUUCCAUGCCUCUCUAUUUUGUGCCAUUUGCAUCCAUUCUGACCCGGCUUAUUUCUUCCGGUCAUCUGACCUUUAUGUUUUUUUUUUGUGGUUCAAUGUUCUUCUUGUCGAUUGGUCAUGGUUUUUGUUUUACUUUAAUUCAUUUUCAAUUCUACCUUUGUAGAAGGAUCGAUUCUCUAUCUAGUUAUUUUAUCAUUCUUUGUAAUUCUUCACUUUUUUCUGUUAUUAAGACAAUAUUAUCAUCAGCAUAUCGUAAGUGAUUCAGAUAUUGCCUGUUUAUGUUCAUACCCAAGGCAUCCCAGAUCCCAGUGUAGUUAUUUGUACCCAUCUUCUAGCGCUUGGUUGAAUAGCUUGGGCGAGAUGGUAUCCUUGUCUUACUCCUCGGUUUAUUGUUAUAGGCUCCGUUUGUUUUAUUAGCUCAACAGUUGUUGUUGCCUUGUUAAAUAUAUUUAUAAUUAUGCCGGUAUAUCUGUAGUCCAUUCUGCUGUUUUUAGGAAAUUAUUUACUGCCCUCUGUUCCACACUAUCAAAUGGCUUUUCAUCAAAGUCAAUAAAUGCCAUUUAUUGACCCCUGCAAGUACGACCGACGGCUGUAAUAUACUGUGGAUAUUCGUGGUACACGUGGAUCGUCAGUAGUGGAGGCGAACAAUACAAGAUCACCUCUACGUCCACUCUCUGAUCGCAUUUUAUAAUGUCACAGUUAAAGACUACACGGCAAGAACAAACAAUUCUGAAAUACAGUGUAUCUUUAAAAGUUAUUCUCCCAAAUUUGUAAAAUUUGUGCUGUACCACAAGUAAACAGUAUGAUUUAAAAGUAGCAACAAUUAACAAUAUCUGUGUGUUUCUUUCUUAGUUAUAUGUUUUUGAUCAAAUGACAUGAACAGUGUAAAAGACCACCUAAAAUCUGGGUACGAAAAUGUGGUGGAUAUGUAUAUUUGCUAUACUUAUAUUAUGAACGAUAUACGAAUACUGUGAUAUUUGUACAUUUCGUUGUUUCUUUAUUACUGUGAGAGUAGUUUAUAAAUUUUAUGUUCUAUUUUUGAUAACGAAGAAUAUUGAUAUUUAUAUUAUCGAAUGAAUAAAAUUGUCUUUAUCUGUUCUUCAUGUGUUUUGUUUGUAUGGGGCAUUAGAUUAUUAAAUUAGUUAGUUUUAUGUGACACAUAUUUGGUGUACUUUACAAGCACAAACAUACAUAUUUGUAAGUGUUCAAUCCGUGAAAUUGUAUUUUUGUGAUGGUUACAAUAUAUGAUCAGAUUUCUUUCCUGUUGAACUAGCGACUAGUGAACUAGAAAAGACUAAAGCGAAUGGUAAUAUUUGUCAAUUUGGUUUAAAAUAAUUGGCAUUUGAAAUUACUUGUGUUACAAAUAAUUUUAUUUGCAACAACAUUUUUGUUAUAAUUAAAUAAUAUUAAUGACUGCAAUCAUUUAAUGUUUGUCUGCCUGUUUAGCAAUUUAAUUGCGUAACUCAAAAGAAAAAAAUCCCAUUAUGUAUACCCUGAAUUGGAAGUUCGUAAUCCCAUAUAAAUCUUUUGUUAUUUUUAAACAUCAAGUAUCAAUUUAUAUUACUGGACUUAAGAUUUUAAAAAUUUCUUUCACUUUUAUCCGUCUUAGAAAAUCAUCAGGAAGGAAUUCCUAACAUCGUCUUAAACCUUUAAACAAGCUUGUAUUUAGAAGUUUACUUAAAUCAAGGUCGAUGAGAAGUGUUUUUAUUUUAUACUUCUUCAUACAGAUUCGAUGUCUUAGCAUUUCUUAUCUUCUCUUAGCACUACAUAUUCUAAUUUAAAUACCUAAGUAUUCUAGAUACUUAAAAUUUUCUUUCUUAGUGCUAUAUUAAUUUAGGUAUUUUAUAAAAAUAUUUAUCUGUCCACACUUGCUGGUAUCAACUUCUUUGUAAAUAUGUAUUUCUAUAUGCUUCUACUUUAUGGCAACCCCAUAAUAUAGUGUCAGACCUAUUUUCUUGUCUCACUUUAUACAAUUUUUCUCCUCUUUUAUUUUUCUGGAUCUUUGUUUGACCUUAUCUCUUUAUACUUAAUCUUCUUCCUUGGGAUGUUUUUAAGUAUUUCUAUUGCAGUUUCUCUAAUAAUACUACCUGCCUCUUUAAAUCGUUUUAAAUCAUUUUUAAAGGACUUUUUUUAUUUUCCAGCUCAGAUAUUAUAUUAUUUAGAAUAAAUCUUCCUUCUCUUUUAACAUCUAACGUUUGAUUUUAUGUAGUCCUAUUUAAUAUUUUGGUUUCCUCUUAUUUCUUUCUUCAAUAUUCAGUAAUUAUGUUUUUGGUAACAGAGUCAUCCUGAUUAUUAACUUGCAUUUCAUAAAUUCCCGUAUAUUUUUGGUCCUUGUUAUGAAAUAAUAUAAUGAUUUUGUCCAUUUAUGAAUGUGAUAAGUUGACUUUCCCUCUUUCAAAAACAAUGUGUUAACAUUCGCCGUAUUUAAUUUGACUGAUCCAAAAUACCAUCUUCAGGAAAACAAAAACAAAAACAAAAAUAGAACCGAAAUGUAUAUGCCCAUAAUGUUAUACAUAAUUUCACGGAUCAAUUUUGGUGUUAUCUGUGUGCCACAAAAAACGUCCUGUUUUUAAAAUAUGAUAUUUAAAAAUUGUGCCACAAAAUCUUGUAUGUUAAUGUUAAAUGUACUUUUUUGUUUAUUGUUUAAGAUAUGUAGUAGCAUUAAAAUAUGUUAAAUGGUACAAAAUAAACUGUUAACAUCUUCUUCUUUAAUAUAUAAGUAAUUUGGUUUCAACAAGAUUGUAGGUUUUAUUUUUUAAUAAAUAUAUCGCACCUCCUCUCAAACAGUGUCAUAAGUCAAAAAAAGCAAAGUAUCGAGAAAACGACGUUUAAAAUUUAUGCUAGAACUUUUCCGCGUUUAAUUAAAAAACUAUUAAAAUUAGAACAAGACCUAGGUCAGUUUUAGUAACUGACUUUUAGUCAGUUACUAAUAGUCUAUGUGGUGAGACCGCUCCCGUCUGAAAAACAUUUCUAAUUCGGUUUCUCUGCGGAUUGAUAUUCAAAAAUAUCCCCUAUAAACAAAUCUGAAGGGUGACUGACGGAAUUUUUGGGCAGAAAUUGUUUAAACAAAUUUUUGAAACAAAUACAUAAGAUCACCUUUUAUUGCUCCAAAAGAUAUAUUUUUAGGUUUUUUGGGUCAUUCUAAACAAGAAAUGUAUCUUGUGAUUUUUCUCAAAAAUUGACAGUUUUCGAGUUAUAGGCGAUUUAAAAUCUAAAAAAUGCGAGAAUACGCAUUUUCGAGGCUUAAAAACUCAUAUUUAAAUUAGUAUUUUUAAGGGUACCAACAACUUGGAUUAAAGUUUAAACAUUCCUUUUUAAGAUUGCGAAGAAUGAUCGGGUCUAACUUCAAUUUAGACCGUAGUUUUUUAAUUGUUAAUUAUGCGUGUCCAUCCGGUUUUUUGCCGGUGCGGCGCUCACUAUUUUCAAAAAUCUCCUAUUUUCCUCUGAAAAAUAUUUUUUCUAGAUUCUUUGGGAAAUUCUAAAUAAAGUAAGUUUCUUGACAUUUUCCUCAAAAGUUACUAGUUUUAAAGUUAUAAGCGAUUUAACAUGCUAAAAUGUGUUUUUUUGUCAUUUUUCGGAUUUUAAAUCGCUUAUAACUUUAAAACUAUUAACUUUUGAAAAAAAUGUCAAGAAACUUAUUUUAUUUAGAAUGUCCCAAAUUAUCUAGAAAAAAUAUUUUUUGGAGGAAAGUAGGAGAUUUUUGAAAAUAGUACGCGCCGCACCGGCAAAAAAGCGGAUGGACACGUAUAAUUAACAAUUAAAAAACUACGGUCUAAAUUAAAGUUAGACCAGAUGACUCUUCGGAAUCUUGAAAAGGAAUGUUUAAACUUUAAUCCAAGUUAUUGGCACCCUUAAAAAUACUAAUUUAAAUAUGAGUUUUUAAGCCUCAAAAAUGCGUAUUUUCGCAUUUUUUAUAUUUUAAUCGCCUGUAACUCGAAAAAUCACAAGAUAUUUUUCUUGUUUAGAAUGACCCAAAAACCUAAAAAUAUAUUUUUUGGAGCAAUAAAAGGUGAUCUUUUGUAUUUGUUAAAAAAAUUGUUUAAACAAUUUCUGCCCAAAAAUUCCAUCCGGCACCCUUCAGAUUUGUUUAAAGGGGACCUUUUUGAAUAUGAAUCCGCAGAGAAACCGAAUUAGAAAUGUUUUUCAGAUGGGAGCGGUCUCACGACAUGGACAAUAAGGGUUUUGAAGCUCUACAAAAUAAUGUAUUAAUUCUGCUAAAAACAUUUAAAAAUAGUUAUUUUCUUAACUAGUGCGGAAAGUGAUACUUUCACGCACGAGACUGCCGUUGACCCGAACGACGCGAUAGCGGAGUUCGGGCAAGCAGUCGAGUGCCGGGAAGACACUUUCCGCAUGAGUUAGGAACAAUAUUUUUUCUAGGGCCGUACGUUUGGAAAAAAGCCACAAACAUAGAGUUAUAUCAAUUUUUAUUUAGAAGUGAAAAUACACAAAUUAAUUCUUUGACAAGGUUGUCAAAACCAAACUUUCAAUAUAAUGGGUUACCACGACGACGAUAUUGGUUGCCAUGACGACGAUUCAAAACCAUUGUAAUUGUCUACUAAUCUGACUUUUAAAUAUUGUGUCAAAAUAAUUUUAUUUCAUCGAAUUAUCAGUAGUAAUUGCACAAGAGCUCUGAAAUUAUUGAAUUUUUCCCGAGUGACACUUUGACAGUUUUAAUUUCACGAGCCGAAGGCGAGUGAAAUUAUGUCAAAGUGUCACGAGAGCAAAAAUUCUAUAUUAAUUUCAGAGGUCGAGUGCAAUUUGCUGCGAUUAUUUCAUGAAUAAAACUGUUCAAAACCAAAAUUUUAUUGUAAUUUAUUUAUGUAAGUACCAUUAAACACACAGUUUUUAUAAAUAUUUGACGAUUGAAAGUCCUCACUUUUAUAAUUUUUAAAACAUUAAUUGUCAUUAAUGUCACUGAAUGUAUUUUUUCGUAGCAACGAAGGGCAUCUGACGUAAUGUACUUAACGACGGGAGAUUAUCAAAAAUGAUCGAUUUAAUUCAGAUUUCUGUAGCUUUCUAUUGGUCAGAAUCUCUUAUGAAUGAAAUAAUCAGUAGUAAUUGCACAAGAGCUCUAAAAUUCUAUAUUAAUUUUAAAGAUCGAGUGCAGUUUGUUGCGAUUAUUUCAUGAAUAAAACUGUUCAAAACCAAAAUUUUAUUGUAAUUUAUUUAUGUAAGUACAAAUUAGUACAAUUAAACACACAGUUGUUAUAAAUAUUUUACGGUUGAAAGUAAUCACUUUUAUAAUUUUUAAAACAUUACUUGUCAUUAAUGCCACUGAAUGUAUUUUUUCAUAGCAACGAAUGGCAUCUGACGUAAUAUACUUGACGACGGGAAAUUAUCAAAAAUUAUCAGUCUAAUUUAGAUUUCUUUAGCUUUCUAUUGGUCAGAAUCUCCUAUGAAUGAAAUAAUCGCGCUAAUUUCAUUAAAACCUGCACACAAUAAGAAAAAUUUGAAAUAAAUUAGUAAAUAAUAUCUAAAUAUUAGUUUAUUGCAUGUAUUAUAAUAUAUUAUAAUGCCAUAUUACAAUGUAUUUUACUUUCCCGCAUGUCGUGCGGGAAAAUUUACUUUUCCGCACGCCGGGCGGGAAAGUGCAACUUUCGGAAACGAAAUGCAUGCGUGGAAGUGGCUGUUUUAGUACGGCCGUAGAAAAAAUAUUUUUUUUGAGUUGUAACACUAUACAGAUAAAAUAACGAAAACUGUACGAAAUAUUAUUAAUCAAUAGUGGCUCUUGCGGUACAGAAUAUAAUAUUAUUAUUAUCUGGUUAACAGACCUAUGUAAUUUUAAUACAAGUAACCAGAUGAAACAAAAAAUACUGUAAAAAAGAUCAAUAAGUAAAACAUGUGUCACUUUUCUUUUUCUUGAGCAAAUACGCAGAUUGUUUUGAAUAAAGUAAUCACAUAUACUGUCUUAACUCGACAAACGACGCUUUCUACACAUCUUAGAUGGGCAAAUCCCUUGCACAAGUCGAUAUGUGACACUGUUUAUGUUCGGUGCAUUGUUGAUUUUGGUUAUUCAUAUAUUGAUUCUAGUGUGAUCUAACGACAAAUACUUCAUCUAUAAACGUAACACUUUUUGAGAUAAGAUUUUGUAGUUAUAUUAAAUUGUUGGUACAAUAAAACCGUUUUUAUUUUUGUUUGAGUUGACACUAUUUGAGCGGAGGUGCGAUAUUAAUUGCUGAUCCUUGCUGAAGGAUACUCAUUUUUUAUCCAUUUUAUUUUCUUAGAAAAUAUAUUUUUAUGUUUACCGACUGCUGUUCGGUAAACUGUAUAGUCACUAAAGGUAUUUCUUCGUUGUUAUCAUAAAGGUGACGGGUGGGUGACAGUGAAUGGCUAUUUGGUUUUUCGAUGUCAUUUUAAUCUCUGGAUUUUUUUGUAUCUCUGGUAAUAUACACAUUUAUAUCUCUUUUACUUUUGCGUUUUUUUCUGUAAUAUAUGCUAUUCGACAUUUUAAUUACAUGGUAAACAUGGAAUAUGGGUGCUUGCCUUCAGUAGGUACUUAAAAUGUACGUAUAGGGCUUUUCAUCGAUUGUCAUUUGUUUCGAGCUUCUGUCAUAUGUUGUAUAAUCUGUGUAUAAUAUUAAUAUACACGGAUUGUACGAGAUAUGACAGAAGCUCGAAACAAAUGACUGUGAAUGAAAAGCCCUAUUUUGAAUCUGGGUUUAUUGAUUUUAAUGCUACUGCAGUUAUUUAGGUGUUAUUUAAACUAUUGUUAACAAUUUAUUACUGAAAAGGUUUUAAACCUGUCUUUUAUAUUUAUGUAUAUUUAUUUCAUUUUGUUCAGUUCGUAAAGCAUGUACAAAGAUAUAGCUACUUAAUUAUUUAAUUUUGUUAUAAUCUCUAUUUAAUUUUUCUAAGUUAAGAUUCUGCGAAUCUGUUUUUAUGAUUUUCUGUUAUACUUAAAAAAAUAAAUAAUUUCAGUUAAA